UGAUACGAUGUCGAUGAGCAACCAUGUUGCAUCCAUUGGCAUUAUCAGCUAGCUACGAUCGUGUAAAAGCAUUGUUAGCAUCAUCAUGCAGAACCAUCCAACAAGCCCUUCAAAUUCAAGCCCACAUGGUGGUGACAGGUCUCCACAACGAUCUCUUCCUCUCCACCGCACUCAUCUCCUUCUUCGCCGCCAACCACCGCGCCUUGCGCCACUCUCACCUCCUCUUCUCCCUCGUCACCAACCCCGAGCUCUUCCUCUGGAAUGCCAUCAUCAAAGCCCAUUCUCUCUCCCCCAACCACGCUUUCUCUCUCUAUAAGUCAAUGCUCUCUUCUUCCUCUGCUCCUUCUCCUGAUUCCUUCACCUUCCCUAACCUCCUCAAGUCCUGUGCUAACGAACGAACCCCCCAUUUGGGUCUUCAGCUUCAUUGCCACCUUGUGAAGUCUCGGUUUCACUCCCAUGUCUUUGUUGCCAAUGCUCUCUUGCAUUUCUAUUGUGUUUUCAGGGAUGCCCACAAUGCAUAUAAGGUGUUUGAGCAAAUACAUGUUAGAGAUUGUGUUUCUUAUAACACGAUGAUUAAUGGGUUUGUGCGUGCGAGUCGUGCUGGUUGUUCUAUGAAGAUUUUUGGGGACAUGAGGGGGUUUGGUAUUCAGCCUGAUGAGUAUACCCUUGUUGGUUUGUUGUCUGCUUGCUCGUCGUUGGAAGAUCAGAGGGUUGGGAGGCAGGUGCAUGGCUUGGUUUACUGGGAAUCGGGUUGUUUAGGUGACAAUGCUUUGUUGGUGAACGCCCUCGUUGACAUGUAUGCUAAAUGUGGGUGCUUGGAAUUGGCAGAGAGAGUUGUGAGUGGGGUUAGAAAAGGGAAGAGUGUUGUUGCGGCUUGGACUUCUUUGGUGAGUGCAUAUGCAUCGCAAGGAGAUGUUGAGGUUGCUCGAAGAUUGUUUGACCAAAUGGGUGAAAGAGACGUGGUUUGUUGGACAGCCAUGAUUAGUGGUUACUCGCAUGCUGGAUAUUUCCAGGAAGCAUUGGAAUUGUUUGAGCAGAUGGAGGGUUUGGGAAUGAAACCAGACGAGGUUGAUGUUGUUGCUGCUCUUUCGGAAUGUGCGCGAUUGGGUGCCCUUGAGUUGGGAAGAAGGAUUCACCUAGAAUAUGCCGCUGAGAAUUGGCGCUGUGGUCAAAAUGGAGGAUUCAGUUGUGCUGUUGUUGAUAUGUAUGCUAAGUGUGGAAGUAUAGACACUGCUUUGGAUGUAUUCUGUAAAACAAGUAAGGAUAAAAAGACUACUAUUCUCUAUAAUUCUGUUAUCUCUGGUCCUGCUCAUCAUGGCCUUGGUGAAUAUGCUAUAACUUUAUUUGAAGAAAUGAGGUUAUUAGGAUUAGUACCGGAUGGGGUUACAUUUGUUGCACUUUUAUGUGCUUGCGGUCAUAGUGGUUUAGUUGAUGAGGGGAAGAAGCCGUUUGAAUCGAUGUCGACUGUCUACGGUGUCAAUCCUCAAAUGGAGCAUUAUGGUUGUGUGGUUGACCUUCUUGGAAGGGGUGGUCUUCUGAGUGAAGCAUAUCACUUAAUCCUGAAUAUGCCAUUUAAGGCGAAUGCUGUGAUAUGGAGAGCAUUGCUAAGUGCUUGCAAGGUACAUGGAGAUGUGGAAUUGGCUAAACUUGCCUGCCAAGAGCUUCUCGCGGUGGAACAUGAUCAUGGAGCCCGUUAUGUGAUGCUAUCUAAUAUGCUAGCUGACAUGGAUCAGCAUGACGAAGCUGCAAGCGUGAGAAAAGCAAUCGAUAAUGUUGGUAUCCAGAAGCCACCUGGUUGGAGCUAUGUGGAAAUGAAUGGAGCUCUUCAUAAGUUUCUGGCAGGUGACAAGUCUCACCCAGAAGCCAAAGCCACUGAGCUGAUGCUCAGGGACAUCAAUAUGGGAGUAAAAUCAAUUGGACAUGUUAUCAGUGCAUCAAAAGUGGUGUUUGAUAUUGAUUAA